CUACCCAGCACUACCACAAAGGCCAGUAGGCUGGGGGUGGGCAAGAGGGGACACAGCCAGGACACCUCAACUCAUCGCAGAGCUAUUCCGUACUGUAUGACAUGGUGAAGCAAUAUGACCAUAUAGGGUGGUAGAGCAAAGAUGAGGUCAGUGGGAGCAGGUAGCAAGCUGACAAGUUACUACAGCAUGUUUUCUAGCAACAACCACAGGCAGAUGAACUGUUUUGACAGUUCAUAUUGGGGUAGGUUUAAUUGCAAACUAAACCAGAAGGGCUCACAGGUGAUGCAAGAAGCAACAUGAGCCAAGGAGCUUCCUCUAGACUUUUCCAUAACCCUUUGUGGGUGUUGCAGGGGAGCCUGCCCAGUGCAUGGUGGGACCAUCUCCUUUGGAUCACAAGAUGCCAAAUGCAGCUUGGAUGAGGGUAGGUGGGCUGCGUUGGAGGAGAUUCCCAUCCUUCCUCCAGCAUUCUGGCUGAGGAGGUAAGGAGAAGGCCUCCUGCUCUCCUGAAGCACCUGGUCGUCAAGGGUAACAGUGGCUCAAGCUAUGAAUGCAAGGGUAUCCUGCUAGAAAUGAAGAGCUAGAUCAAGGGGAGUAAACAGACAAAGCUAAUAUUUUUUGCUGGAAUAUGAUUAUAGAACAGAGGAAUAAGACCUGAUAGAUGUGGAAAAACGAGAGCUGGAGUUUGAGUGUCAGAAGACAGAAUACCCUUUUGCCUUGGCAAACCCUGUUGUUUUCAAACACUGAAAAGGAGGGGGACUUGAGACCUGCUGGGGCAGCCCAGCAAGACGGGGAACGUGUGCUGCCAACCACUGUUCUCAUCCCAGACCCACACCAGAAUGCUGCCCUCUCCCAGUUACUGCCAUUUCUCGGGGCCUUUAUGCUACGUUGUGAGACUGUUUUCCUGGCAGCAUCAGAUCAGGGGCAUCCAGGUUAGGUUGCCCAGGGAGGCUGUAGGUGGCCCAGGGAGGUUGUGGCUGCCCAAUCCCUGGAGGUGUUCAAGGCCAGGUUGGAUGGGGCCUUGGGCAGCCUGAUCCAGUGGGAUGCCCCUGCCCAUGGCAGGGGGUUGGAACUGGGUUUAAGGUCCCUUCCAACCCAAACUAUUCUAUGAUUCUAUCCUCACUUGCUGAGCACUUCUGAACUGGACACAUUUAUUUCUUCUCUCUGAAUGGCCACAGGUGACUGCCACCUUAGCAGUUCCAGCAGAUUCUCUGAAAAGCUUCCUCUGAGACAGGUAAUUGCUAAAAAAACUCAAAUGGUACAAUUUUGUGGCAGAAAAAGAUGCUGGCAGCAGUUUGCAGAGGAGCUGGCUGUGUCGUGCUGCAUUCAACUCCUGAGCAGUAUGAGGAGAAAGCAGCUUUAGUGUUUCACAGAGAGAGUCACAAGCAUCUUCUGGAAGUGUUCUUUAUGCCAGUCCGUGACCAGCUUAUAAUAUAAAUUUUUCAGAUAAUUAUCUUUUAUUUGAUGGUUAAAUAAAGCCUUUUAUGGACAAAGCCUGCUCUGGCUGGGGUUAGCUGACACCACCCGAGCAGCGUCGUCCUCAGCAGAGGGGCAGCACCUUACACAUGCCGUUGUGGAGGGUACAUUUUUCUCUGUAUGUAGGAUUUGUGGCUCUUGGUGUCCUGCUAUUGAUCAUAAUCUUACUGCUCUGUUUUGGGUGAGAAGGCAUGGGAAACACAUGCUGCCUUUUCAUCAGUGCUAGGGUCCAGUAUGCAUGCUUUGAAUACUGGACUCACUGGGCUGAGACAUCCCUUCCUGUCCUCUGUCCCAUAUACCUCUUUGUAACUACUUCUGUACUUCUACAGACCCUAGAAAGUGCAGUUUCACAUCAAACUUUCUAUGCCCUUUGCCAAGAGGAAAUCCUUCCCAAGGCAAAGCUUAAGUAUUUAUCUAUUUCUGAGGGAAAAAAGGUCUUUGGAAAAAUACUAAGUACAGUAAACCAGCUUGUAACUCACAGUUUGUCUGUAAUUCCUGUAUUCUUUGCUAGGUAGUAAGUGUCAUGCAGUGAAAUAGGCUGAAACUUGCCUGCCAGACCUUUAAAACAGAGCUUAAAUUUGAACUGUGUCAUGAAAUACAGCAGAGCUGCCAUAGACGCUGCUGGUUUAUAAACAGCACAGAAUUCACAAGAGCUGGGCUGCUGGUAGAGAAAAGGAUGCUGACGACCGAAGAGACAGAUUUGCCUUUCUUCCAGAUGUGCUUACCUUGGAGCAGCGCCCAGGGGAGCGUGACUGCGUGGAAAAGCAGCACGUCAGAGCAGAAAUAAUGUGAUGCAGCCCAAUGGCUGCAGAGCAUCCCGCUUUGGAGCUUGCAUCCGGCUAUAAAGCUGGCUGAAGAAGUAAAAGUAGCGGCAAGCCGAGCAGGAGAGAAUUGCGCUGCGGGAGGCAGGAGCAUCCACCCGCUCCUGCUUGCGUGCCCUGUUUGCAACCUCCGAGUGCUCCUGGGCUGAGCAAGGGGAACCCAGCUUUCCGGGCACACAGCGGCAUCUCUGCAGUCCUGCAAAUGAGCUGUUUCCAAAGUGGAGGAGCAGAGCGGCAUUUCAGAGAUGUUGUCCUUUUUUGUCUGGCUAUCCCUCCUCGACUUGGUUGAUGCCUUUGUGACCCCAGAAAAGUUGCCCCUCAAUGGGAGUCUGGAGGAGCCUUUUGUAAUCCCGAACACUUCGCUUUUCUUUUCCUGGGAUAAUGACAGCCUGGCUGACUGGCAGAACUUUGUGGGCAGGAGCCGGUACGGAGCAGAGUCACAGAGCAUCAUGGUGAAAGCCCUGCUCAUCAUGGCAUACUCCUUCAUCAUUGUCUUCUCCCUCUUUGGCAACGUCCUGGUCUGUCACGUUGUCAUCAAGACCAAGCGCAUACACUCCGCCACCAGCUUGUUCAUUGUGAACCUGGCUAUAGCCGAUAUCAUGAUCACGCUCCUCAACACGCCUUUUACACUGGCUCAUUUUGUGAACAGUACCUGGAUAUUUGGGAAGGGGAUGUGCCACGUCAGUAGGUUUGCACAGUACUGCUCGCUCCACGUCUCUGCCUUGACCCUCACAGCCAUUGCUGUGGACAGGCACCAGGUUAUAAUGCACCCGCUGAAACCUCGCAUAUCUACUGCAAAAGGUGUUAUCUACAUCUCAGUAAUUUGGAUCAUGGCAACUUGUUUUUCCCUACCACAUGCUAUCUACCAAAAACUCUUUGUUUUUGAAUAUAGUGAGGAGGUUACCCGAUGCCUGUGUCUGCCAGAUUUCCCUGAGCCUGCUGAUCUCUUUUGGAAGUACCUCGAUUUAACAACCUUCAUUUUGCUCUAUGUCCUGCCCCUUCUGAUCAUUUCUGCUGCCUACGUGACAGUGGCCAAGAAACUCUGGCUGCGCAAUGUCAUUGGGGACGUCACCACUGAACAGUACUUCGCCCUUCGCAGAAAGAAUAAGAAGACCAUAAAGAUGCUGAUGCUUGUUGUCAUCCUCUUUGCAGUCUGCUGGUUUCCCUUAAAUUGCUAUGUUGUCCUCCUGUCCAGCCAGAUCAUCCACACCAACAAUGCGCUCUACUUCGCUUUUCACUGGUUCGCAAUGAGCAGCACCUGCUACAACCCCUUCAUCUACUGUUGGCUCAAUGACAGCUUCCGAUCGGAACUGAAGGCUUUGAUCAGCGUGUGCAAAAAACCUCCCAGACCUGUAGAACAUAGGCUGCCCUCCACAGUCCCAUCCUACCAACUGGCCUGGCCAGAAAAUGACAACUUCAAGAGGUUGCAGGUCUCCCAUGUCCUUCCAUCAGCCUCCAACAUCCAUUCAGGAAAGACAGACAUCUCUGCAGUUGAGCCAAUAGUAGCUGUGAGCUAAACGAUGGCCCUUGGAAAUCUAGGACUGCACAUAGAUUUGGCUACAGCUAAAAUGACGGGAAGAUGUGGAGCUCUGGCCUGCUUAGCGACUGUUCAACCACAUGAGAUAAAACCAAACAGAAGGUUGUGCAGGAGGCAGCAUUAAAGAGCUCUAUGUUUGAUACAGGCUGAUGAUAAUGGUGUGGAGUCCCUGAAGGGGAGAAAGCAAACUCUUCCCAGGAAGGAACUGUCUUUAUCAAGUUGACUUUGUAUCAGUUCGCAGAAUGGGAUUCUCUGCACGUAUGUUGCUGUUGACUGCAUGACUACGCAUUUUUUACCACUUGUGCUGUGUGUAUGUUUUGCUGGUAUGCAAACACUAGGAAAACAAUCUGAUGGCAUCAGAUUCCCCUCUCCCUUUUCUAAAUCUUUUAGUACCAACAUGGAGAUGGUCAAGAUGUAGACCAUUUGCAAAGGUUACUGGCUUAGAUUCAGUGCAAUGGAGUAAGAAGACAUCCCUUCUGAACGGGGGCCUGACAGGUCAUGACCUGUUCAGAACGAAUGAACAGAUACAUUUCACAAAUCCAUUUUUUUGUGGAAAUAACCUCAGAGGGACAAAAGGUAAAAUGGGCAUUGGUAAAUAGAACUACCUUACAACACAGGCCCUUUUUCUAAGGUAGAAUUGAAGAAAAAUGGAUGCCCAUUCUUGGCAUAAGUAGACAGUGAACACCAACCUGUUAUCUCAGCAUAUGCUCCCAGUGCUAAAUCAUAGAGAAUUUUUCUUUCCUAAGAUAAAGUCAUGAAUAUUCAGAAAGCUUUUCUUCAAAUAGAGAACUAAACCCCCCGAGCGUUGGACAUACCAUCCACAAUUGGACAAUGGAUAAUUAAACACUGCUCUGAGUUUGGACUAGGACCUUUUGAUCAGAGCAUCUUUGCAUUAUUGUCAAUUGACAGCUAAAGGAUCCCACAGCUUGACUUUUAAAUUUGGCUUUGAAGGACCUGGGUAAUUCCAAGAUGAGACGUUUGGGACAUUUCAUCCCAAGUAAGAUGUUAGCUCUCUGAAAUUAGUUUGUAAAUUGCUUUGAGAGAACAGAUGAUAUCUCUGGUAGCAAGUAGUAAAAGUGGAACAUUUCUCUGCAAGAUGGUGAUUUCACAAUUUUGUUGCAUUUAAAGCCAUCCCCAUGAAUCAUUGCUUUCAGACUGUUUUCAGAGUUUUGUCUGAAUAUUGUCUUUGAUUUGUGACACUCAUCGUCAUCAAACACAGGCAGGAGUUCACACUCUGUGUUCCCCUCCUGCUCCCUGCACCACACAAGACUGAUGAGACCAAAGGGCCUAAGACUUUGAGGGCAAAAAGUCUCCAUUUCCCUGCCAGAGAAGGACAUGCUGCUAUGACAGCUCUUGCAUCAGUUGUCGUUCCAUCAUUCUGAGGACUCCUGGGAAAUCACUAUGCCUGGUGUGGUCCUACUGUCCUGGCUAGAUGUACUGGGAGCUCCAUCUGAGGGAGCUUUUGGUGUGAGAAAGGUUGCAGGUUAAUGGUCGAUGCGAACUGAUGGGCAGACUGACAGCAGGGGUGAGCGUCAAUCGAUGCUCUGCCUACCCAAUGCGUUAAUACAGCUUUGCCAAAACAAAACGGGUUGAACUGAACCGUGUUUUACAUCAGAGGUCUGUUUUUCCCAUUCAGUGAAUGUAGUGCAGUUGUCUCCAAGCACAUACAUAUGUUAUGAUGGAUUGUGCAGCUGGAUCCUUGUAUUUAGCUUUGUCUGGGACCAGGGGCGUUCAUGGUCUAAACUCAGUAAGAUGUUCUUUCUGAAGAUUAAGGUAACAUCUUGAGAUUCACCAUAUCUGUGUGCAGUUAUCAUCCUUCCAACAGCUGCACAAGUAGAACCUAGCUGUUUAGUCUAGUAAACAAAAUCUUCCAGUGCCUGGUCAAAUACUCCAGAUGGAUCUGAGCAGGGUUCCUGCAGUUACAGCCCUGGAUCUUACACCCCUGCAGUGAGUGGAAACCCUUUCUCCUUCAGACUUUGUCUAAUCCUGGAUCUGGGCACAGAGAGGGUGUAAGAAGUGCUGAAGCUGUUUGAUUUAACUACGGAGAACAGGAGGGAUGGACCUGGUAAAAAGAAGCAGAUUGAACAGGGAGCCCUAACAGCCUGCUCGAGGGAUGAACUAGUGGCCAGUGGCCGGCAGAGGUUCAAGUUUUAGAGAGAAUAGGACAGAAGUGUGCAGGAGCAGGAUGUGGGUAAAACAUGAGUAAUGGUUUCCUUGCAAGCGGUGCCUAAUACACUGUGCUACAAUGUACUUAAUGUGGUAUAGGGCAACUUCUGAUGACCAUUACUUAAUUAGCUAUUUUUCAUUUUCUUCAUACCUGAUCUAGGACUCUGGAGAAUCAUUUUGCAUUCACUGGUGCUGCUGAAAUCAGUGGAGAUUGUGCUCCGAGCACACAAAGUGAUGCAAAUUAUUCCAAAAACAUUAUGUCCUGGGCAACUUAAAUUUGGCAUCACGGCUUCAUUGCUACUUUAUGAUUCUGCCCUAGUUCUGCUGCAGACCUGGGGGUGUCUUUUACACUGCGAAUAGAGCCACUCGUGUGUAAACUGCACUCAGAUGACACCUCAGUGAGUGUGAAGUGAUGGUCUGAGUGAUGAUGAAAUACGUGUACAGGGUGAAGAUUAACUUCUUUCAUUUUCCCUUCUGUGUGUUUUUGCCUGCUGCAGCUGGACCGUUUGCUACCUUUUGGAUUUUGGUCUUAUAACAGUGCUUUAACAGGUGGUUUAGUAGCUGGCCUUAGAAAACCAGAUCUGCCAGAACAGGAAUGUGAGAAGGGACUGCUCAGAGCAUGCUGUCGAGAGGCUUUUCUUUGCCUCUGGGAUUCUAAUGAAUCACAGCUAAAUGUGAGGUGUUAUGGAAAGGGGAGGUAGUAUUGUUUCAUCUGCCUUUCUAAGCAAGUCAACUCUCCCCACUCCUUCCCUCAUAUUGACGUCCUCAAAAGGACCAAGACUUCUGUGUGUGUCAUAGAAUCAUAGAGUCAUAGAAUC